AAUAAACAUCCCACUGCCAAGACUUUUAACAAUUCGUGCCAUCUGAAGGUGCUACCGAAACGCACACGACAAAGCCUCACAUCAUAACCACAACCUCCCUUUCUGCAACCGUUCACGAACUCGAGGUCGAUAGAUCAUUUUGCUAACUAAUCCAGUCCUCAUUUUGUUAGGUAUUCUGUCUCUGCGUAGGCCGCCGCCGUCGCUGCUGCCCCACGCUGUGUCUGUCCGAGUCACCGCCCAAAACGCUCCCAAAUGCUGCAUUGUCCCUGCCCAAUGAUCCGGUAGCAUAAUUCGCACGCUGAAUCGCUCUCUUGCUCAUGAGGUCUUGAAAAUCCUCAGGAUUAAGACAUAUCUAUCUCUACACAACUUGCGUUCUCUUCCGUGACGGUGGUGGAGAUGGAGGCCCAGGUGGAGAAUGCCAUCGAAAUUGCCUCGAGUCCCACAUCCACUCAGGAUCUUCGUGGCCAGGCUAUAGAAUAUCUAAACUCGCUGCGAACGGAUCCCUCUGCCUGGCAAGCCUGCCUAUCACUCGUCGCUCGAGACCCGCGACCGCCUGAUAUCGUUCGACACUUUUCGCUCGAUCUCGUAAACAAUGCUGUACAACAGCAGCAGCUGGAUUCGCAGAGUCUGGGGUAUGUUAAGGACACGCUCUUAAACUAUAUCCGCCAGGCAUAUGCGGCCGGAAGCAGCUCGGUCGACUCCACACAUAUGCAAAACAAGAUCAUGCAGACCAUGACCUACCUCUUUGCCGCUCUAUACUCUUCUACCUGGCAAUCUUUCUUCGACGACUUCCGCGCAAUUGCCGCCGAUCAGGGAUCCAUAGGAACCUCCAACACUGCUGGGACGAUACUAUAUCUUCGGGUCCUGGGUCAGGUGCACGACGAAAUCGCUGACCAGCUGGUGGUGAGAUCUGAGGAAGAGAAGAGGCGUAAUGUCGAGCUAAAAGACCUCAUUCGUGUUCGGGAUGCACAGAAGAUUUCAUUAUCUUGGCAAGAGAUACUCGCCAAAUGGAGGGAGUCGGACCUUCAAUUGAUAGAAAUGUGCCUGAAGAACAUUGGGCGCUGGGUCAGUUGGAUUGACAUCUCUUUGGUGGUCAACGAGGCUAUGAUCAGUACUUUCCUGGAGAUGGCUGGACAACAAGGCAUCGAGGAUCCAGAUAGCCCGCAAGGCAAAGUUCGAGAUGCGGCAAUCGAUACGUUUUCGGAGAUUGUUAGCAAGAAGAUGAACCCUGCGGAGAAGAUUGAACUGAUCAUCUUCCUCAACCUCCCCAACAUCGUGGGACAAUUGAUUGGUAGUCCGGCACUGCUCGAUCAAGGCAGUUCGUCUUACGACAAUGAUCUUGCCGAAACAGUGGGAAAAUUGGUCAAUAACAUUGUCUUCGACAUCGUCAAGGUUUUGGAGAAUGAUUCGACCAACGAACAGACCAAACAACGUGCGGAUGAACUCAUACAGGUGUUCACGCCCUAUCUUUUGCGAUUCUUUGCCGACCAAUAUGACGAAGUAUGUUCGACAGUGAUUCCGUCACUCACCGAUCUCCUCACUUUCUUCCGGAAGCUUCAAAAGAAGACAGGGACACUUCCGAACCAAUACGCCGUCAUUCUACCCGCUGUGUUAGAUGCCAUCAUCGGCAAAAUGAAGUACGACGAAACGGCAUCUUGGGGCGAAGACGACGAUCAAGAAGGCGAGGCAGAGUUUCAAGAAUUGCGCAAACGGCUCCAUGUGCUUCAGCAAACUGUGGCGGCGAUCGAUGAGUCGUUCUACAUCGAAACCUUGAGCCGUGUGGUGGGAGACACCUUCGCGCGCCUUUCAGCAAACGACCAAUCAUUGACCUGGCGCGAUCUUGACCUUGCAUUAUACGAGAUGUACUUAUUUGGAGAGUUGGCUAUACGUAACUCGGGACUAUAUGCCAAGCGGGAACCUUCCUCUGUAGCAGCUGAGCGCCUUGUGGGCAUGAUGUCUGGCAUGGUUGAAUCGGAUCUCGCAAACUAUCCGCAUCCUGCUAUCCAGCUACAGUAUAUGGAAAUAUGCGUUCGCUACACUCAAUUCUUCGAACAAAACGCACACUUAAUCCCGAAAGUUCUCGAGAAUUUCGUGCGCCUAACUCACCAUAACCACAUAAAGGUCCGCUCAAGAUCGUGGUAUCUUUUCCAACGAUUCGUCAAGCCGCUUCGGGCCCAGUUGGGCAAUGUAUCUCACGACAUUAUUCAAGCUGUGGGUGACCUGCUCACAAUCAAAGCGGAGCUACCGAAUGAGUCCGAGAACGACAUGUCAUCGGAUGAAGAGGACCAAUCUGCCGAUGCGCUGUUCAACUCGCAGCUCUACCUGUUCGAGGCGGUUGGUUGCAUUGCAUCUUCUCCUACAGUGCCAGUGGAGAGCAAGAAGCUAUACGCCCAAACUAUUAUGGGCCCUCUGUUCAGUGACAUGGAAGCAACACUUGGCCAAGCAAGAAACGGAGACGAGCGGGCAAUUCUGCAGAUACAUCACAACAUCAUGGCUCUCGGAACUCUAGCUCGUGGAUAUGGAGAUUGGAAUCCCUCUUCAAACGCUCAGGCUCCUAGCGAAGUCUCUGAUGAGUUCUACAAAGCAUCUGAAGCGAUCCUGGUUGCACUAGACUCCCUGAGCUCAUCAAUGCAAAUCCGCGGUGCUUCGCGCUUUGCGUUCUCCCGCAUGCUAGCCGUACUUGGCUCCCGUUCGUUGCAACGACUUCCAUCCUGGAUCGAGGGACUUUUGUCUCAAAACUCAACCGCCGACGAGACCAACACAUUCCUGAAGGUUCUCGGUCAACUCAUUUUCACUUUCAAGACCGAGAUCGCUGGUGUUCUAGAUAACCUUCUGACUCCAUUGUUACAGCGAGUAUUCAACGCGCUCAGCGUCACUCCUGCUGGAACUGAUGACGAAAUUCAGCUUGCAGAGUUGCGCCGCGAAUAUCUCAACUUCCUCAUGUCGAUUCUCAGCAACGGGCUCGGUACGGUCAUCGUCAGCAGUACCAACCAGCCCAUGUUCGACACCAUCAUCACUUCACUCGACACCUUCGCUCGGGACACGAAGGAUUACCCAACAGCCAGACUGUCUAUCAGUGUCAUCGUUCGCAUGCUUGCCGUCUGGGGAGGGCCCGACAAGAUUGGUCCCAGCGCAAAUGCAACACCCACCUCGCCAACCAACACAUCCGCAGACGCGAUUCCAGGAUUUGACAACUUCGCCGUGGAGCGCUUCUCCCCCAUCCUCUGGUCAGUCCCUGGCGCACCUGGCUUCAACGUGAAGGACGCCCAAGCAAGGCAAGUCCUCCAGGAGCUCGCUGGCCUGCAAGCAGAAAUCAUCAAGAAGGUCGGCGAUCCGUACGUGGAGCGCCUCCGAUCCGAGCUACAGGGCAUGGGCUCCGACGAACAGUUCAUCGAGCAGUACCUGCGGACCCUGGCUGGUGCAUUCGAGGGCCAGAAGAAGGAGAGGGAAUGGAAGGUUUUCUUCGUGCAAUUUGUCGAGCGUCUACUCGGUGGCCGUUGAACGACUUUUCCGGACUAACGAACCGAAAAAGAACCAUUCGUUUCCUCUUAUUUUCCCUUUUCUCCAUUCACACGACUCUUCAAAUGAAAAAGGCUAUAUAUAUAUCCGGCGGCGGUAGGGGGCUGCGUCCAAGGUUUUAGCGACUUCAUCAUCUGGGAGAGAAACCAGACGAAAAAUAAAGGGUUCGCCCGCUUUUUUUCUGAGAGUAUUUGGGAUUCUUCUCUAUUUUCCCACAAGUCGAAAGUCAUCAUCUGCAUAUGGGCUCGCCCACUUUGAGAAGAAGAGGGGCCUUUUGUUUUGCUGUAGAUCUUGUUUGUUUGCGCCAUCACCCAAACACUCAUACCAAGUACGAUUAAAUACCAAUAAAUGAAUUUUUC